AUGAGAUCGUCAGGUAUAAGUUAUGUGCGAGCCAGGACGCUUUUGUCUUCCCUGUUUGGUAGAUCAAAGUCUGUUAAGGAAGCAGAAGCUGCAAAACUUACAGAACAAGAACAGGAGAAACUGCGACGGAUACUUCCCAUACGAUCUGAUGUACGGAAAUCGAGAACUCCAGUCGAAACUGAGAGCUAUGACACUGAUGAGAUUCUAGGUUAUCGAGUAGAUGCAGAUUCCAUUCGGGCGCGUGGGUUCCUCAAAUAUCGCUACAACUAUAAACCACCCAAAGGCGUCGAAGAUGCUGUACUAUCACUUGCAAAAGAAUACUUAUCUAAGACAAGUGAAGAAGCCAGCAACUUAUCUCAGUGUCGGCUAGAGGAUAAUGAUGUCAAAAUGAAGGUCAUUUUGGCUCUCGGUGAGAAAUUCAAACAUUACCCUACGAAUUCACGGCUCAUGCACUUGAAGUCGGUUCAAGAUCUUAUAGAUUUCUACGAGGAGCCGGUUGAAAAUAUCACGAACUAUGCAAAGCUUUCACGGAUGGAAUCUAAACCAGCGAAUUUGUACAUGAUGGAACAUCCGCAAAGAUUUCAUCCUGAGGAUGUAGAGGCAUGGCAUGGAGUGCAAACUUUUCUCACUUGA